CUACCCUCAUGGCGCAGGGGCUUGAUCUUUUUCGGUCUUUGCUUUGGCCUCUUCCUCUCGCUGAUGGACACCUCGAUCAUGGCGACCGCCGUGUAUACGAUCUCCCUGGAGUUUGACUCCUUGAGCAAGACCUUUUGGGCUAUCCUCGCCUACCAGCUCGCAUACCUUGGCUGUUGUGCAAUCUUCGCCCGCAUCAGCGACUUCGUUGGCCGUAGGAACGCCGUAAUUGGCGCAUUUGCCAUCUUCGUCGGCUUCUCGCUAGCAUGUGGCUGGUCACAAAACAUCGAGCAGCUGAUCGUCUUCAGGACGUUCCAGGGCAUCGGAGGCGCAGGACUGUAUGCUUUAGCUCUCAUCCUGCUGAUCGAAACCAGCAAUGUCAAUAUGCUGGCCUUCACCUCAAGCUUCAUCGGCGCCACCGUAUCUAUAUCUGGAGUCAUGGGUCCCAUCAUCGGCGGCUUAUUCACACAAUAUGUCAGUUGGAGAUGGAUCUUUUGGCUUAACGGACCGUGCGGAGCAGUCGCCGCUUUUUGCUUCCUCCUUGGAUGGCCGUUGAAAACGAAGGCUUACAAUGAGAGCGCUCGCAAAUGGCAAGAGUUUGACUACCCUGGCGUCCUCCUGCUGAUCGCUGCCUCCGUUUUGGUCGUCUUCGGCCUCCAACAAGGCGGAUCUGGUGAAUACCAAUGGGCCAGUGGAGUAGUAAUUGCGACUAUCGUCGUAGGCGUAUGUUGCUGGAUCCUCUUGCUCCUAUGGCAGUUCUACGCUUCUCGGAAGCGCAACGACUCCGUUGCAUCGAUCUUGCCUUUCGAGUUGAUUUCUAAUGUACCGAUGCUCGCUGGUAUCAUUUCGACCACCUUGACCGGCUUUACAUAUUUUCUAGUUCUCAUCUCGACGCCGCUGCGAUUCCAAAUCGUGAACCUCAAAUCACCGUCAGGGGCUGGAAUACAUCUGCUACCAUUGCUUGUCGCAACCGGCAUUGGAUCAUUUGUUGGAGGUGCACUCUCCAGCAAAAGAAACCGGACGUUCUCCACCAUGGCUGUCGCUAGCUGCCUCAUCUUACUCGGAGCCGGACUUUUGUCGACCUUAGGGUCUGGCAUUGCCAUCGAGCACAAGUGCUACGGUUUCCAAGUCGUCGUAGGACUGGGCGUUGGCAUGACCUUCUCCUCCAUGUCCGUCAUGGCGUCGCUUCACACGAACGCUAGAACACAUGCCAUAGGCCAAGGAGUCGUUGCUCAGAUGCGCAUCUUCGGAGGUGCCAUCGGAGUCGCUGCAAGCAACGCGAUGUUCAAUGCAGUCUGCGCAUACCAGCUGGUCGGGAUACUGACGCCUCAAGAGAUCACCGACCUGCGCACCAAUACCGCCAUUAUCAAUAGCCUUGACGAGACAAAGAGGCACGCAGUCAGAAUAGCGUACAGUGUAUCCUACGACAAGAGUCUCAAGGUCUGCGCAUAUAUCGCUGCUGUAAGCGUGGUUGUCAGCCUGUUCAUCUGG